AUGAAAUCAAUGUUUUCCAUUCUAUUCCACUCCAUAGCAAUACCAAUUGCACUGCAAUUUAUAAGUGCAUCAAUACAUUAUGUUUACAUUCCUAGUUCAGAGGCAUUGAUACUAACAAUUUGCACUUUGGAUAGGGCAGUUCACGUAGUUUUGGUGGUAUUUAUAUAUUUAGUGUAUACAUCGAGCUCUCAGCUGGGGAGUCCAAAGAUUGUGUAUGAAAAACUUCUUAUGGUGGCAAGCAAAACAAGGAACUGCAGAGAACCAUUGUCACAUGAAGGGCAGGCAUGUGGUCCUGUAAGUGGAAAUAAUGGAGGUUCAUACCUCACCAUGUUAAGUACUGGGGGCCUUGUUUUUGGCAUCAUAAAUAUUGUUGGCAACUUUGGUACUGUCUUCGUGGACAACGGAUAUUGGGUCAGUGCUAUAGCAGCACGGCCAUCCUCUGCCCACAAAGGUUACUUGCUAGGAGGUCUUGUUUGGUUUGCUAUUCCAUUUUCAUUGGCAACAUCAUUAGGCCUUGGUGCUGUAGCUCUUGAUCUUCCAUUGACAGCAACUGAGGCUAAGCAUGGACUGGUGCCACCUGCUACAGCAAUAGCUCUUAUGGGAAAGGGUGGUGCUGUGUUGCUUCUUACAAUGUUAUUCAUGGCAGUGACAUCUGCUGGUUCCUCGGAGCUCAUUGCAGUGUCUUCACUAUGCACAUAUGACAUCUACCGAACUUAUAUCAAUCCCAACGCCAAUGGGAAGCAGAUCCUCAAAGUCUCCAGGGCAGUGGUUCUCACAUUUGGAUGCCUUAUGGGUGUCCUGGCAGUGGUACUGAACAAGGCUGGAAUCUCCUUGGAAUGGAUGUACUUAGCCAUGGGAGUGCUUAUUGGUUCAGCUGUAAUGCCCAUAACUUUCCUACUCCUAUGGAGCAAAGCCAAUUCAGUGGGAGCAAUAGCAGGAACAAUAGGAGGUUGUAUAUUGGGCAUAAGCACAUGGCUCUCCGUGACAAGUAUAGAAUAUGGAAGGGUAAAUCUUGAUACAACAGGAAGGAAUGCACCCAUGCUUGCUGGGAACCUGGUGUCAAUACUAUCAGGGGGGCUAAUUCAUGCAGUCUGUAGUUUUCUUUGGCCCCAAAACUAUGACUGGGAAACAACCAAAUGUAUUACUAUGGUGGAGAUGGAUGAGAUAUGCUUGCCUGCAGAAGAAUAUGAGGAGGAAAGGCUGAGGAGAGCCAAAAUAUGGAUUGUCAAGUGGGGCAUAGGAUUUACUGUUGUAAUUGUGGUUUUGUGGCCCAUUCUCUCACUCCCAGCUAAAGUUUUCAGCUCGGGUUACUUCACAUUCUGGGCUGUCGUCUCCAUUGCUUGGGGUAGUAUUGCUUCCCUGGUCAUUAUCAUACUUCCUUUGAUUGAAAGCAGGGGGACUGUUGGGACUGUGCUGUUGGGCAUGUUUACAAAUGAUAGUGUUGUGGAAAGGCUUGAGGAAAUAAAUUCCAGACUCUCAGCAAUUUUGCAAGCAAUGCCUGAAGCAGAGAGACUAUAUUUGCUCGAAAAGGAAAGGAUCAACAGAGGACAAGUGAUGGAUGCAUUCAAUGUUGAUUAUGCAAAUCCAAAUCAGCUCUGAAUAUGUGAAAACGAGAGAUGGUUAGAUUCAAAUUUAUAUUUAAAAUGAAUGAACUUCGGGGUAACCGUGUAUAGUUAUAUCGGACGUGUAUACUGCCAGAUCUUCAACAAUAACACCAUCUAUAUAAAAGGGGAAUGAGGAAAUAAAGAAACGUAAAUGGUUAAUGGGAAGGCAGAUAGAACAGCCCAGCAUAAAUGAUGAAAUCAAUAGUAAUGUAUUUCAUUAGUUCCUGUGCUAGCCUGGCAGUUAUAAGAAUAAGGUUUGUUGUAUUUUAUUUCAUGGACGACUCGUUAAUUAAAGGUUAUUGUUUUUGUUGCC